CAGACAUGAAGAUGAAGGUCCAGGUGAGAUCUCUCACCCUGCUCGCUGUGGCUGUCCUGCUGGUCAGAUCUCAGAACCAGACUGAGACCAGGUAUGAAGACAUCAUCUCAGUUGCUUUGCCUCAGCUGCUUCCUAGGGAAGAGCAGGCUUUCCGUCCAAUUCUGAACCAGCUCCAAGUCGAGACUUUGAAUACAGAGGAUGUGGACCAGUCUGAGGUGUCUGUAAGGCUGAGCUUCCCCAUGCAGGAGACUUUCUGCAGUAAAUCACAGGGGCAGCCAGGCAAACCAUGCCCUCUGAAGAAAAAUGGUAAACUAAUGAUGUGCAGCAUGAAGGUCAGACAUCCGAUUCUGGAGGCUAGCAACAACCUGAACACCGACCUGUCUAAUUUAUUUUGUGAAUACAUGGAGGCUAUGCAGCAGAAGAUUCGUACAAGAAGAAGCAAAGCCAGAAUAUGCUCCAGAGGCAAAGAUUGCAAAUUUCGCAGCAACAGUCGUCACGGGAGUGGCUCUCGCCUUGGGGGUGGCUCCUUAAUUGGUCGUCCUGGGGGUGGCUCUCGCCUUGGGAGUGGCUCCUUAAUUGGUCGUCCUGGGGGUGGCUCUCGUCCUGGGAGUAGCUCCUUAAUUGGUCGUCCUGGGGGUGGCUCUCGCCUUGGGAGUGGCUCCUUAAUUGGUCGUCCUGGGGGUGGCUCUCGUACUGGGAGUGGCUCCUUAAUUGGUCGUCUUGGGAGUGGCUCUCCUCCUGGGGGUGGCUCUCGUACUGGGGGUGGCUCUUUCAUUGAUGGAUUUAUCAGAGAUCACCGUGAUGGAAAUCGCUUUGCAUAGAUCAGCACGAUACAACCUCUGGUUAACUGCAAAUAACCCAUCUAUCAAAGAAAUGUCAUAAGGUUAUUUAUCUUCUUUUUUUUGUAUCAACGUACCUACUCUUACAUGCCAAUUGUUGAAUUUUAUGAAAAUUACUUCCAGAUUAUGUUUACGCCAAUAAACUGCAAAAUAAGUUUACAAAAGAUAAUGUCUGUAAAAUGUGUUAUUUAUUUCAUGUUUCAUGGCAGUUCAGGAAUUCAGUUUUUUCAAAGUUUUUGUGUUUAUUGUUCAUUAUGCUGUUUCAAAUAAAUAUCUAUACUCUUGUCAGAUCUAUUAGGUCGGCAGUUUAACCUUUGCUGAAACAUCUAGGACCGAACACAGAUUCAAGUAAGAGUAAUUAGUACGUGCCCGCCUAGGAACCCGAAAUGUAAGAGCCAUAAUACAAGAAAGAGCAUUUUGCUACUUUUAAGAUAUUAUGUACACAAAUACAUGUGCCACAAUGGAGUAAUUUUGUUCACAGUGAAGAAAACAGAAUUGCAGUGCA